AGCCGGACUCAGCGCUAUAAGGGCCUGAGGACCUGACGGAGAGGCUGGUGAAGUGGGAGAGAUGGGACGCAUGAAGGAAUGGGUAGAUGCUGAAGAGACAGGAGAUUGAGCUCAGGGCAGCAAGGGCCAACAUGAAGGCAACCAUCAGUUUGGGUAAACUGCUCAUUUGUAUCACACAGGGAAGUCGUGGCCUAAUGGUUAGAGAGUUUGCCUCCUAACCCUAAGGUUGUGGGUUCGAGUCUUAUGCCGGCCACGACUGAGGUGCCCUUGAGCAAGGCACCGAACCCCCCAACUGAUCCCUGCGUGUUGCAGCAUAUGACUGCCCACUGCUCCGGGUGUGUGUUCAUGGUGUGUGUGUGUGUUCACUGCUGUGUGUGUGCACUCUGCUAAAUGCAGAGAACGAAUUCUGAGUAUGGGUCACCGUACUUAGCCAUACUGUAUGUCACGCCACUUUCACUUUCAGAGGGGUUUGGGUGGAUUCUUUGGAAGUAAAAGGUUUCCUAACGAUGUGUGAAGGCAUGACAAGACACUCAGGCACUUCAGAGUCACUGAUAUGUUCACAAAACUUGACAAGCUGCCAGCAACGGUAUGAUAAUAGAAAUCCAUCUGGCUGCUUGGAAGAGGUGGAACAAGCAGGAUGCAUCCUUUGGAAAGCCCCGCUGAGAUUGAGGCUGUUGAUCUAAGGAAGGGGAGUAAUUAGUAACUUUUAGUGGGAAUAAUGGAACGAAUGCUUAAAAAAUACACAAGCAAACACAGUGUGAGAAAUAACAGGCUGAGAUCAUGAAAAAACAAUGAACUUACUGUAGCAAGCUAGCAAAUAAGCAUAAGCAAAACUAGCAAUAGUAUGACAAAAUAGUAAGGGGAAUUUUGAGAAACUAUGUAAAUUAAUAUGGGGGGCUUCUGGUACAACUCUGAGAAAUAAUCGGAAAUUGCCUGAAAUUUUCCUUGAGCUCAAUAGAUUUGUUAGCUGAUUGACUGAAAUAAAGAUGUUUGCGCCUUCUCAUCGAUGAAGACAAAAGACCCUGGUUCACCCUGUGAUGUGUCCACUUGGAGGAGGACUCUCAACAUGGGAGUGUCUUCCAUUCCCUCUUUUGUGAUGCUUUUCAUGACUAGUAUAGGCACAAAAGUGUGUUCAUCACUAGAGAGUGUACAUCCACUGCAGACAUCUGAUGCUUCAAGCUUUAAGACUUAAAGAUGAUCGUCACAAAUGUACAGUUUCAAACACCGGUUUGUCUGUAUCUUAUAAUGAUCCUCAUAAGUCAGACAAUGGCUUUUAUGCCAAUGUUUACAAAUUCUAUAAAGCAUCAGGACAUAACUCGUGAUGCAAUUCUACAGACAACAGCUGAUGUCUGCAAACAGCAAGCACUCAAUAAGGGACGAAAUUUUGUUCUGAAAUUGCCAAUGAAUGUAAACUCAGUGGCAGAAGCUUGUUCCUCGUCUCAAUCAGCCAAACAUUUUCAAAGGAGCAUCGAUGAGAUAAGUCAUCACAAUGCCUGGGUUGACUUUUGGAAAUUUUUUACACCAAGUUACCAUUUUUGCAAUGAGGAGAUUUUGGCUGGAAGGGAUAUUAUUACUGCAGGAGUUUCUGCUGCCAAAUACAGUGUCAAAAUGGGACGAUAUGAAACUGCCAGAGAGAGACUUGGUAAAAUCUUACACCCUUUGCAGGAUUUCUACAGUCAUAGUAACUGGAUUGAGAUGGGAAAGCGAAAACCUUACCCCAACCUGAUUAAACCACACACCCCGAUUAACAACAUAGCAGAUUCGGAAACAUGCAGAAAAUGUACAAGCAGAAUCUGCAGAGGCAACAUCCUGGAAGAUGUCCUCAAAAAGCAGAAACUAACAACAGCAUACUUUGGCUGGUCCAAACCAAGAGGAAAAUGCAGUCAUGGGGGACGUUCUGAUCCAUCAAGUUGGUUUCAAGGUGGUAUAAAUAAGGAUACUGAUGACUCCGACCAUGGUUAUCUGCAUUAUGAGGCAGCAUCGGUAGCUACUGCUGCUACCAGAGAACUACUGCAGGAUAUAAGAGCAGCAACUGGGGAUUCUGAAUUUCUUAGACUGAUGGGAUUCCGCCAGACUUCAGUACUGUGUUUUGUUGUUGAUACCACUGGCAGUAUGUCUGAUGAAAUUAAUGAGAUCAGGAGAGUUUAUUCAUCGAUCAUUGACAGUAAAGUAGGCACAGCUGUUCAACCUUCAGAAUACAUCCUUGUGCCAUUUAAUGACCCUGAUUAUGGCCCACUAACAAGAACAUCUGAUCCUAAUGUGUUUAAAAAAAAGCUUAAUGCACUUCGAGCUCAUGAUGGAGGAGAUGUACCUGAAAUGUGUUUUUCAGGUCUCCAGCUCGCCCUCACUGGAUCUCCACCACAAACUCAGAUUUUUGUUUUCACUGAUGCUGAUGCAAAAGAUAAAUGGUUGGCAAGCACCGUGAAAGCACUGAUUGAGAAAACAAAGUCUGUUGUGAACUUUAUGCUAACGCCACAGCCUAGUCGUCUCCACAAGCGAGCAUCCACUGGGCUUUCCACUCAGCUGAACGAGGUCUACUAUGACCUGGCUCAGGACUCUGGAGGUCAGGCUAUAGAAGUAACCAAGGAAACACUAAGCCAGGCCACUAGCAUUAUUGCAGAUAUCUCCAGCUCUACACUGGUCACACUAUUCCAGGCUGUUAGAAAAACAGUAGAUACUGAAAACUUCUCGGUCUUUGUGGAUUCCUCUGUGCAAAACCUGACAAUUUACAUCACAGGCAACUCUCCAGAUUACACUAUCACUAGUCCCUCAGGAGUCUCACAGAGCAGCACUGAACUAAAUGGGAUGUUGGGUCUUAUUCAGAGAGUCGGUAACUUCCAUACAGUGCGACCAAAUAUUGCAGAGCAGGUUGGAUUGUGGCUCUUCAGUAUUAAAUCCAAACAGAUGUACACCAUCAAAGUUGUUGGUCAAAGUGCUGUUGACUUCAUGUUUGACUUUGUAGAACUUUCCCAAGGGCUUCAUCCAAGCUAUUCUGUAUUAAACAGCAGGCCUGCAAAUAGCAAUGUCACCCUGUUGGUGUCCAUGGUCGGUGGGGACAGUGUGAGUCUUACAGAGGUGUCUCUGGUCAAAGCCUCAAGUUCAAUUUCUUUAAAUGGGUCACUAGAAGAAGUAGCUAGUGGCCAGUACUUAGUGACCUUCAACAGCAUCCCAGCACGAGAGUUUACUGUUCGUGUGUUUGGACAGAUCAGUGUCUCUAGGUAUUCAGCUAACACCUUUCAGAGACAGUCACCAACUCAAUUCCAAGCAUCAACUGUGACCAUUACUACUCAACCUGUUGAAACAAUGGAACCAGGAAAACAAUUCACUCUCCCUUUCACUCUUGCGACCAAUGGCACUGCUGGAAGCUUUAAUAUUAGAGUUAGCAAUGAUCACAAUUUUGAAACUCAGUUUAACAGAUCCAUAACUCUUGAGAGUGGAGUCAGUGUGAAUGAUACAGUAACUCUGACUGUACCUAAAAACACUUCCUCUGGAACUGAUGUCACUGUGACAAUUGAAGCUGAAGCAGUUGAUGGAAGCGACUCCAACUACGCUGUGCUACAUAUCGCUAUCAUUGCUCCGAUGACAGAUUUUACUCCUCCCUUGUGUGAGGCAGUCAGUGUAAAUGCUAACUGCUCAGGCAACUGCAGCCUCUCCUCAUGGCACCUCACUGCUAAUGUGACUGAUGGAAAUGGGUCAGGAAUUCAGAGUGUGAGAAUCCUUCAGGGAAACGGCAACCUCACCACUACCACUGUGUUCAGUGACACAGGUGUGAAUGUCACUAUGGUCACCUACAAUGCCUCUUGCUGUUCACAGGACCUGGAACUGGUUGCAGUGGAUAAAGCAGGAAAUGUUGCUUCCUGUUUUAAUUUUGUAAGAGCUACAGAACUAAGCACCAGCACUGCACCCGCUAUAACAGCAACUACCACCACCAACACCACCACUAUCCCCACAAAUACAACUACAACAUCCAUGUCUCGACCAACCAUCCAAACCGGCACUAAUAGUGUUGAAUGUUGCUUGAUUUUGCCAGUCUUCCUUUGGCUCAAUGUUGUAGUAUCAGUUUACCAAUUCAUGUAGCUCUAAGUAAACAAAGAAAACCAAGAAAUCUAUGGUAUAUUAAUCUUUUAUAUAAUUUUCACUUUCUUUUUUGUUCUUAAAUAGUUGGUAUUGUUAUUCACAUACAAGAAAAAACCCGUUUCCUGAAUCUUUUCAGUGUACAGAGAAAAUACAGGAUUAUUGCUGUUACAUGCAAAUAGGGUUAUAAUGUUUAUAAAGUGGUAUCUGGUAUUUCUCACUUUCAUUGAAUAAUUCUAUUUUAUUGGCAAAAUGUAUGCAUUUAUUUUUAAAUAAGACGAAUUAUAAAAAGAUGUACAGAUAAUGAAAACACCUAUUUUGUUAGUAUCUAUCUUGCAUUUACAAUGCUUCCAGGAGAAACACAACCAUAUCCCAUGCAUAAUAAUACAUCCAAACCUAUGUUUAAGCAGAUUUUAAUUGUAUGCAUGAUUUUAUUGGUAUAGAUAAAUUCUGCAUAAAUCUAGUUUUAAGAAUGUUGAUGUUGAAUUGAAAUCUUUACACUUACUGUAACAAAUUAAAAAUGUAGCAUGAUUUACUGCUUCAAACUAAUUGACAAACUAGCUAAUACAAACUUACAAAAAGUUACAAGAAGACAUUCAGAUUUUCAUUUCAUCAGGAAAGACAACCAAGUGCUAGAACCGUAGUGUGAUGUUUGAAAUGUGUUUAUUUCUAUUAGUACUGGCAGAUAAAUUAAGGAAAAGUGAUUAAAAAUCUUGAUUUGACCUAAAGAGUUUUUCUCUGCAUGUUGCAUAUUAUGACACGUAACAUAACCACUAACAUAAUUCACCAAAAUUGUCUGAUCUUAAAAAUCUUGAUUUGACCUAAAGAGUUUUUUUCUCUGCAUGUUGCAUAUUAUGACACAUAACAUAACCACUAACAUAAUUCACCAAAAUUGUUUGGACAUCUGAAAAUCCUGUCAGUCUGUAGGCUAUUCAUAAAAUAUCAUAUAAAUAUUUGCAUUUAUGGGAAAAUGUAUUACACAUUAAAUAAAUACUAUUUGCUUAAGUCAAAA